GGGUCGGGUAUGUUCGGGUGUCAGGUCGGGAUUGGGUCAACUCCAUUUUUAGGUCGGGUAAAUUCGAGUGCUGGGUCAUUUUUGAGUCGAUGUUUUGGGUUAAUUUGGGUCAUGGGUUAGGUUAUCGGGUCUAGAUCAGAAUUGUCAGGUCUAACUUUAGAUGAAGGCAUGAAGCCCAAUCCGGUCCAAAAUCGAUUUUGAGAUGCUAUAAACCGGACUAAAUACAACUGAGCAACUGACGAUGGGAAGUAAUUUCUUGACAUGAAGACCGGACCGGGGUCGAUUCGGACCCACUUUUUUUUUUUUCUUUCUAAGUUUAUGAUCUUUUCGCUUCUACCGUUAUACGCUACACUCCUCUCCGAUCUUCUCCCCUCCACUGAAGCGCACUCUGAGUUCUCCAUUAAAGCGGUUUCUAAGCUUUCUCUUCUCCAUCUAAGAUGAUUCUGAGCUGACAUGGAGGAGGAUCAGGGAGUAGCUGUUACGGCAUCAUCUUUGGUAGACACGCCUGUUUUAGAUGAUGCUGAAGCUGGUGAAUUAUCGGCCACUGAUAAAUCACAUGGAGGUAGCUUAUCAGAUGAUGGAGUUUGGUUGACUGACUGUGAUGAGGAAACAGAUGAAGCUUUUUAUUUGGAUAGAGAAGGGAAAAGGAGACGUGAGGAAUUCUACAACGCUGGAUAUCGUGAUGGUUUAUCAGCUGGAAAAAAUGUUGCUGCACAAGAGGGUUUUAAUCAGGGUUUCAAGGAUUCCGUGAUGAUUGGUAACAAGUGGGGCAUUGUUAGGGGUGUUACCAGUGCCUUAGCUCAUAUCCCGAAUGAGCUGAAGCUGAAACUUGUUGAAACUGAAGAUAAGGGAAAAGAGUUUCAAAACUUGUUUGUGGCUGUGGAUUCUAUUGGAACACAAGAUGCAUUGAAGCUCUUUCAUGAUUAUAUCAAGCGAGGAAAAUCAGCAGAAAGAAGGAAUAUUGCUGAGUCUGAAUCCUCAAUCUCCCAUCCAACUGUUACCCAACAGAGUAAUUUGGAGAGUUACUUUGAGAAGCUGGACUUACUGUUAAGAGAAUCCCCCAUGGUUGAUUUGCAAUUGGAAUUAAAUAAACUCAGAGUGUCUUAAGGUUGUAGAGUUGUAGCUGCAUUAAUGUUAUACCUUGUACUGGUUUUUAAGGACGCAAUUUUUGUCAGCAUUUUUUGUUGUAGUGAAAAUGUCCAUAUUAAUAG